UCUCUCUCUCUCUCUCUACACACACAAAGUCUCUCAAUUCUCUCUCCCAAAAACAGCCAUAGCAAGAAUAUUUGAUAACAUCUUUACACCUUCUAAAGCUCCACUGAUUGAUUGAGAGAUUCUGUCUUCAACUAGAGAGAAAAAGGCAAAUUUCUUGAAUUCUCUCUCAUCGAUCGAAUUGGGCCUUUUCUGACAUGUCUUUCAUGUAUACAUUCUUCAUCCCCGAAGAAGAAGAAGUCGAGUGGGAGAAAGAGCGAUAGAGCAAAACAUCAAAUCAAGAUCCAAUUUUUAUCCAUUCAAUCUUGAUCUUAUUCAGCUGAGAUGUCUACGAGCAUAAUUAACGAUUCGAUGGUGUUGGGUUCCGGGCCGGAAGGGCCCGCAAACGCGAUUUCGGGCCAAAACGAGGUUGAUUUCGCGAAAUGCGAUUGCUGCGGGCUUACUGAGGAAUGCACCCUUUCCUACAUCGAGACAAUUCGCGAAAGGUAUGGCGGGAAAUGGAUAUGCGGGCUUUGUGCGGAGGCGGUGAAGGACGAAAUCGUGAGGUGUCGGAAGCUGAUAAGCCCGGAGGAGGCGGUGGCCCGGCAUAUCAGCUUCUGCAGCAAGUUUCGGGCCGGCGGGCCCCCGGAGGACCCGACCGUUCACUUGAUCCGGGCGAUGAGGCGUGUCAUGAUGAGGGGCCUCGAGAGCCCGAAGGCGCUGAGGUCAAUGCCGUGUAGCCCGACCAACAAGGGUCGGGGGCUCGACUUGGAGGGCGUUGGUGGUGUGUUUACUCGGUCGGAGAGUUGUAUGCCGAGUUUGACCCUAGUGGAUGCCGCGGUGUACUGCGGGUUGGAUGAGGGUUGCGAAUGAGGAUAAGGGUAUUAUGGUAAAGUUGGAAAAGAAAAGUAGGGUGAAAAAAUUUGAAGGGCAAAAUUGUAGUGCUUGAUCUUGGACAUUACUUAGUGUUGAAUAGAAUAAAUGAUGUUAUGGAAUGAAAAAUAAUGGUUAGUAAAUGUUGAUUAA